AGCGAAUAACUUGUGACAAAAUUAGACAGAUUGAUCUAAUUAAAGGUUCGCAGCUUACACUGCAGCAGUGUUAAAACAUAAUUCUAUUUGAUAACACACAGUAAACCACAUAUGGCAAGCCUAAUCGGCUCUAGAAUCUUUAUAGCAGGAAAUUAAUAAUUGAAUUUGUCGAACUGAUAAUAACCACUAUCAACAAAACUCUCUUUCCAAGCGUGCUCCAGCACGUACGUGACUUGCUCGAAGCGUAUCUCCGAUGCGCACAAAAAUAACGUCACGCGACUUCAUUUUUUUCUGUUCUACUGAUACAACAUUUGCCCAAAAACAAGACGCGUUUCGAAUUUGCUAGAGCGAAGAACACAAAAAAAAUCACACACAAUAAAACAAGACCAGCGCAGAGAGAUAACAGGUGAUAGCAAACGGUUUGUAGUCCUGUACGGCUGGUGAUAGGACGACGCUUCAGGAAGCCAGUUGAAGCGGCACUUUCAAUCAGUUCAGUGGGAAAAAAUUGGCGCAGGUCGAUUGAAAAGAAGAAAAGAAUAAUGCUUUGUGGAAUUGGCUAAACGUAAAAAAGUGUGUUUUUUUUUAACAUUCAAGUUAUUUGUGGGAGUUUUUAGACUGGAUUACAAAGAUCAGUGUGCCGACUAAUUAAUUUCAUUACCUCCUGAACGUGAUGUGCGAAAUAUAAUAUAAUCUUAUCUCGAAGAAUGUGGAUAAUCCCAAAGUGUCUGCUGAACGGUCAAAUUCCGCAGUGUGUUCCACGUUGAACAAAUAACGCUCAGAAACUCUAUAUCCAGCUCGCGUGAUGCAAUACCUGCGGGAACGACUUUCGUUAAACCUCACAGUAAAUCAACCUGCAGCCAGUUCCGAAGAAGCACGGGUUCCCGAGCCGCAAGAUGAUCCACCAGAGCGUCCGGCCAGGAAAGUCCGCGAUGUACAAAACUCUCCAACGUACUCGCAUUUUUCGGAAGCUUCAGAAAAGGAGGUAACAUCCACGUACGCCACUCCCUACCAAAGCCCUGUUGCGUCGGAAAAGUGGUCCGAACACAAUCGGUCAAAUGUUCCAGCUCAUCAACUGGUUGUGCAACUCCAGAACCCUAGCCCAUCGCGACCAGUCUACGUUAUAGACCACGGUCAGUUCGGCGGUUAUCACCAUCCAGCUCCCGUCCAAGGAGGAUACGCGAAUCACGCUUACACGACUGAUGGCGGAACGCCAAACUCCACUAUCCAAGCAUAUCCCAAACAAACGCAACCGCCACCCGUCGUUCGUGAACAGUAUUGGACCUGGUCCUGCAAGUGCCGACAUUACACCAGCCGGGAAAAGGUUCUUUUACUGGUUAUAUGCUUCCUAUUAUUAGUCAUCGGUGGCCUGUCGGCUUACGUGGCCAUCAUCUCCGACAACGGCAACCCACUGCAAGGCGGACUGCUAACACCUGGAGGACUGACCCAGAUGACGAUACACUGAGCAUCCCUGGAAUUGCUUCAUCAACAGUAAAUGAACUUGUAUAUUUUAUCAAAUAUACAAUUGUAAAAAGGUGUUAGAAUAUUUUUAUUUACUAUUACAAAUAGACAAAUAAAUCAAUCCAUAUGGUCAGAUGUUCCUUCCA